AAUACAAUAUAAAAUUAGGAUGACUGAUGCUGAGGGACUUGAUUAUAAGGAUGUCGCUGCUAUCGUCAGAGGAGCUUUGUGCUUCGGAAGACUGAGGUUUCAUCCUAAAGCUCUCAUGUUCAAGGCCCAAAGUAGUGGCAAGAUUGAUCAGUUUGGAUCAGCUGAUAUUUGUGAGACACACUGGAUGAGAGCAUCUCGGGGUUACCAACUGGUUGUUAUUACUAACAGUAAUGCUGUUUUUAAGUUUGUUGGCCUCGAAGAAAAGAACAAGGAACAGAUAAAGAGGUUUAUCAGAGAGCAUUAUGACGCUACAUUCACAGAGAAGGAACCGUUUGUCAAGGGAUGGAACUGGGGAUCUGUUGAUUUUGCUGGACCUCUGAUGGUGUUUCACAAUGACGAGAAACCCUUGUUUGAGGUGCCCUUACCUGAUGUAUCAACUGCUACUGUUAAUAAAAAUGAGGUGACAGUUGAGUUCCACCAAGACGAUGAUAACGAUAUGAGUCUAGUUGAAAUGAGAUUCUACGUUCCUAACAUAACAAACGACUCAGACGAUAUCCCUGCUGAUAACUUCCACAGGAAUGUUAUGAAGUAUGCUGACGUCAUCAAGGCCACUGGUGACGUAAUUGUUAAGUUCGAACAAGUGCUCCUCCAAACCCCCAGAGGACGUUACGAUGUGGACAUGUACCCUAGUUUCCUCCGACUUCACGGUAAAUCUUACGAUUACAAGAUUCCCUACAGUACUAUGAUAAGAAUGUUCCUUCUCCCGCACAACGACCAGAGAUCUGUUUACUUCGUGAUCUCAACAGAUCCUCCAAUUAGACAAGGUCAGACCCGUUACCCUCAUCUGGUUAUUCAGUUUAUAAAGGAUGACUGGAGCGAUCUCACAUUGGAACUAGAUGAGGAAACGAUAGCAACUAAAUACGAAGGGAAGCUCCAAAAGGAGAUGGCAGGACCCACAUAUGAAACCUUUAGUAAAGUUAUGAAGUUCGUAGUAGGACAGAAAAUAUUUGUACCCGGGAACUUCGUCAGUUCAGCAGGUAGUCAAGCUAUAGCGUGCUCUCACAAGGCUAACUCUGGGUUCCUGUACCCACUGGAGAAAGGGUUUAUGUUCGUUGUUAAACCUCCUGUUCAUAUCCGGUUUGAUGAGACCUCCUCCGUUAACUUCUCCCGUGUUGCUUCAGGCGUUGGACAAAGCAGAAGUUUUGACCUUGAAAUUGAAACUAACACUGGUGCAAACUACAUAUUCGCUAGUAUCGAGAAGAAAGAAUAUUCCAAACUAUUUGAUUUCCUGAAGGGUAAGAAGAUAAGAAUACAAAACACCAAGGCUGGAGGCGAUGAGACAUUUGCUGAUGACUUUGGAGACGGCAGCGCUUCAGACAACGAGUUACCCGACCACUACUUGGAGAAGAUGAAGAAAGAAGGUCAAGCGAGGGACAGUGAUGAUGACAGUGAUGAAUCAGAAGAUGAGGACUUUGUGGCUGGAGAGACACCAGAUACUUCACCCAGUUCAUCAAGCGAAACUGAAGAGGGAGAAGGAGAUGAGAAGAAGAAAAAGAAGAAGAAAGUCGCCAAGGAGACUGUUAUUGGCAAACAAAAGGGUUCGCCAAAAGCGAAGAGGGAAAGAAAAGAACCGACCGGAAAGAAAACUAAAGCUCAGAGAAAGGCCGAAAGGGACCCCAACAAACCCAAAAAGCCACCAACAGCAUACUUUUUGUGGCUAGGAGUAAACAGAGGUAGUAUAAAGGACAAAAACCCCGGCAUAACUGUUACAGAGAUAGCUAAAAAAGCAGGAGAAAUGUGGAGAGGUUUAACCGCAGACGACAAACUGGAGUACGAGGGCAAAGCUAAUCAAAUGAAAGAAGAAUAUAACGUGUCAAUAAUCGAAUACAACAAGAACCUCGCUCUAAAUCCUCGACCUGUCUCCUCGUCUCCUAUAGUAACAAAGAAGAAGAGCAGUAAACCUUCUUCAAAACCAUCUUCAACGGCGUACAAGAGCAAAGAAAUGAUCAAUACAGAUGACGAUUUAUCAACGGAUUCUGAAGAGGAAAAACCUUUGAAACCCAAGCCUUCGCCCCCGAAGAAAGAGGAGCCAGCCUCAUCUUCCAAACAGGACGACUCAGACUCAGACAAAAGCGACGUGUCCCCCAAGAAAGCAGCUCCAGAAGAGAGUAAGAAGAGGAAGCGAGAAGAGCCAGCCACCUCCUCAAAACAGGAUGAAUCAGAAUCAGAAGACAGUGACGUGGCUCCUCCUGAAGAGAGCAGCUCAGAGGAAGAAAAGGCGCCUCCCCCUAAAAGGAGCAUGAGGUCCCGGGGCGCUCCUACUUCAGCACCAGCUAAUUUACCUGAUGACACUUUCGGGGACGAGGAGUACACGGACGGAGAGGCACCUCCGAGUCCGAAAAGCUCGGAGUCUGACUAGUUAUGAUUUGUAAUUACUGAUUGGUUGUGGUCAAAGACUGGUUAUUCAUCUCACAGAUUUAGUGGUUAGAAUCUAGGGUUAGUAGUCGUAAUCUAAAGAGAGGAGCGAUUGGGACUCUAGAAACUUUCUCACUUCCCUAACAUCAAUUUUCUCCUCGUGUUCCACCCUACGACAGGAAAUCGUCUGACCCGUGACAAGAGGACUGUAGACUUUUAAAUAAGUCCGUUUCAAAUGCACUUUUAACUGUAUUCUUAUUUCAACAUUUUUAAUUUGAAUUGUUUCUGGAAAGGACAUCAGAAUUAUUAUUGCAAAUUCUAAAAUUAAAAUCCCUUU